AUUAUUUUCGCUUCACCUUCGAGCGUUUAUUAUUACUAAAACCGUAUACGGUUACACAUCACUGAUUAAAUUUGAAUUUGUGACCCAACGACACGUAGUUCUGUUCGGCAGAAAACAAAAUUUAUUAUAAUUGUAAUUGUAAUUUAUUAUAAUUUCGUUUACAUUUAUGUACUUUUUGAAUAGAUAAUAGGCAUUCAAAGGCAAUACCGUCGUCAUCAUGUUCGAAUCCAUCUGUCGAAUUUUCGAUCUAAAGCUCGUAUUGAUAGCGGGAAUUCUGAGCGCCGUUUACCUGUACGUCACGUGGACCCAUAGCUACUGGUUUAAUUUAGGCGUUUUCAGUCCGUCGAAACCGGUGCCGUUUUUCGGCAACGCGAUGCCGUCCAUAUUGGGUCAGAUGCAUUUCAUGGACGUGUUGCAUGAUUUGUAUCAGAAGCUGGGCGAUCAACGGUUUGGCGGCAUAUACACCAUGCGAACGCCCCAGUUACUCGUCAAAGACCCGGAACUUAUUGGUAAGUGGGCACCUACCCACUAUGGGUAUUAAAUAAUACAAGGUAUUGAGUCUAUAAAUAAGUGUAGAGCGACAAUGAGAUAUUUUAUAAUUCUAUAUAAUAUGUUAUAGAGAGUUUAUCUUUAAAUUUCAAUAAACCUAUAUAGGUGUAUUGUUGUAAGUUAACGAAAUUUGAAUAUUUUGGUUUUUAAACAUAUUCAGUUUGGAAAUAUAAAUCUCAAUAGGGAAUUCUUGAUAAAAAAAAAUAAAACAAAAACAGAAACAAUAAAAAGUUAUAGACGCAAAAUUGAAAAGAUAGGAUAUGUAGGAAAAUUUAAUAUUCAUAAGGCAGUUCACAACGAUAUGAUUCUGAGCAUAUUUAAGUCAAAAGUUUUACAAGAAAUUUAAAUUGAAAAUAGCAUUAAUUUGAAACUAAAAAAUAAUUGAAUUACGCUCAAAUUUUCUUUACAACAAAAUCGAUACAAAUUACAUGAUGAACCUGUUAUCUAAUUGUCGAGAUUUGUAUGGAGUCAAAUAAAUCAAAAAAUUGUAUUUACUCAUAAGGUUGGUGAUUUUUACGCUUUUCGUCAAAAUCUGAACGUCAAAAGCUUUUUUAAAAAUCGUUACUAUCAAUUUUUGAUAUUUUAUCCAACUAAAAGAAUCUAUUACAUCUAUCAAGAAUCUUGUAAGAAAAUUUUUGUGCAUUAAUAUAAAAUCAAAAUAAUACUAAAAAUUAAAUUAAAAAAAAGGCAGAUACUUAGCUAUAAAUAACUCAAAAAACACCAAAAUGCUUUGAACAACGUCUACAUAAGGGUUAGUAUACAAGAAUUCAGUGAAAUACUCAGGCCUUUAGGUACCUACUAUUAUUUGUCACUGUAUAACAACUUGAUAACUAUAAUGAAAUCAACGGAGUUAUACUUGUAAAUUAAUUAUGUUAAAAAUAUUCACGGAUCAGGGGCGUAUUCAGGUAUAUUUUUUAAAAUUAUUUUUUUUGAAGAGGGGUUGAUGGAUUAGUAGAUAAUUUUAAUUUGUAUGGUAUUAUUUUAAAUGUUUCUAAAAAAUCGAUAGUGAAAUAGAAUAGAUGAUAAUAAUAAUAAAACAAAGUACAUUUAUUCAAUUUAGAUUUCUCUUUUUGUCACCGUUGGUAAAUUUUUAAAGUACAAUUUCAUCAUAUACGCCAAUGUCUCGAUAAAUUAGUAAUAGUGCAAAUCCCUUGAUCGUUGAGACCAAAAUUAUCGGACGAAAUUUCGUCGAACACAAAAUAUUUGUAGACCAUAAAGUCGUAGUUAUCAUUUCUUAUAUGAAGAACUUGAAACUAAUAAUUCUUAAAAAAAAUAAUUUUGAACUUCUAUGAUUUAUAUCAUAUAAUGCAUAAGCAGAUCUAAAAACAAAUGUCUUAAAAUUUUGUAGGUGAAGUUUACUGAAUCCCCUCAACCUCACUAUAAAACGCUCCUGUCACAUAUUAAGAAAAUAUAGUUUUGAUAUAUAAAUAUGUAUUUUUAAUUCUAAAAACGUGCAAGUAUGUUACACAUACAUUUUAAAAAAACGUUGAAAGGGAAGAGUUUCAACGUUUCAAGUUUUAUUUAAAUUUAUUAUACUGCAUAUCUGCACCUUAACAAGUAUAAUUAUAUAGAGAUAUAGAGACUGUGUUACACUGAAAGCAUCACUUAUAAUAAUUGAUUAACUAAUGCCAGUUUUUACUGCAUUCAAUCUCAAAAUAAUGCGAUUAUGUAAAAUAGGUUACAUCUCAGUAUAAUUGGUUUUAUGUUUACAUUAUUUGUUUAAUUCUAUACUCUAUGCAUUAUUAUUAUUUAUUAAUAGUAUUAAAUGCAUUCUGUUGGAUCCAAUCGAAUUGAACCAAUAAUAUUUACUUAUAACAAUAUCUUGAUAUUGAAAUUAGUAUAAAAUGAAGUCAGAUAUUUAUGUUUUAUACCAAAAUAAAGUUAUUAUUGUACUGUCUUAUUAAUUAUUAUGUUGAUAGGGAAAUAAUUGCGUAUAUUAUAAUCAGAGUGAAAUGACCAAAUUUAUCGCCCGGGAACAGAUAUUUAAUGUCACUCUCAACUACUAUACCACUUAUUUAUCUUAACAAUUUAGCAUAAAUAAUUAAUUGUUAUAAUUUUCUUAAUGUUUAUUAUAAAAAUUGAUUUUAAAUUAUUUCUACAAAUGUUUUUUAAGUAUAAUUAUUACAGUAUAUACAAGUUAUUGUUAAGUAAUUCUGUCUGUUUAUAAUUUCGUAAAACAUAGAAAAGUACUAAAAUAAAGAAAAAAAAAGUUAUACCUUAAGGUUAAAGGUUAAUGGAAGUUUCAUUGUUUUAAGAGGAAAGUUAGAAGGGAGGAUAUAUUAUUAUAGAGUAUUCUAUUUGUGUACCCAGUACCAUUGCUACUCGUACUAUUCCCCUUCUUUCCAAGACAUCCCAAAAUUAAUGAAACAUUUUACAAAAAGUUGGUAGCUGUUUCCAUUUUUUAAAAAAGUCCAAGGAAAAAAAAUGCCUGUUCAAUGCAUCAAUUAGUUUAAAAAUACUACAAGAAAAAUCAUAUAAAGUUUUGAUUAGAAUGUUAGAGUAAGAUUUUGCUAGAAAAGUUGAUUUAUAAACACAAAAAAAAAACACACACCUUCAAAACCGCCUUCAACAUUUUUCAACUUUCCUCCCUAACAUUUUUUACCCCUCUCUUCCCACAACUGAUUAUUACAGACAACAAGAAUUCGGCCAUCUAGCCAACGAUAAUAAUUUACAAAAACUUAUUUCCUGAGUUAUUUUACUCAAAAUUAAGUAGGAAUAAUACUAAUUACUUUCAAUUUUUAUAUACACACACACACACAUACUUACGAGUCAUAUUUUGGUACUUAUAUUUUACGUGUGAAUAAUUUAUGCAUAUUUAAUUUUCGAUUAGAGUCGAUAAAAUAAUUACUAACGAUAUAUUUGUAAUAUUUUAACGAUUUUCUAUUAGCACACGCUAAACUAUAAGUAAUUAAAAAUAGACGAUAGUUAUAUAGCUGGUUAACGCAAUUAUAAUAUAAUGAUCAAUUAUUAUUACCUGCUAAUAACACUAAUAUAUUUAUAUAUAUAUAAAUUAUAUUUUUAGAACAUUCAAGAAUUAAGCAUGAAAUGUUCUCAUAAGUUUUGUCGCUAUUUUUUUUUGGAUGUAUUUUUUGAUUUCCAAGUAACAACCUAUAUUUAAAACAAUUCCAUUAACCAAUGAAUUUUUAGUUUAAAUAAAUGACGUAUUCUAUUUUUAAGAUGGCCGUUAUGUAGGGAGAGGGAAAGUAUUGGGGACAUGGUUCAAACUACUCAAUCACAUACAUAUUUUUGCAUUACUAAACUCUCCUUCUCUCCAACAUUAAUACCAUGUCAAUGAAUUGAUAGAAUUUAAAGUUGUCAAAACCGAAAUGUAUUCAAAUUAUACUAGAUCAAUUUAUGGAAUUUUGUAUAUGAUAUAAAAUCGUCAAAUAGAGGUUUAUAAUAAACUGUUCUUCAUUUAGUUUACAAUUUCUUAUUUUGAGUUUUAUCGGAGGUAUAGUAGAAAAUGAGUUGUCGCUAUAAUACAUGGACAGAAACGGCAAAUGCCAUCAGUUCGACAUCUAUUUAAGUAUUAUAAUAUUAUCAAUAUACAAUAAUGACAACCGCACCGUUUCGGGUUAAAUAUUAUAAUAUUGUCGAAAUUAGAUCUCUGUUAUGUUUUAACGUAAAGGCUCAUUAAAUCAUUGGCGUUUUCCGGAGUAAUAACUUCGUCCUCUGGAUGCAUCACUGCAUUUAAUAUACAACGCUUUAUAACGUCAAGAAAUUGUAUAAAAAAAAACCGAAUAUAACGGUACUAUUAUUAUUUCACUGUACGCAUUAUGUUCAGCUAUUAUUUUAAAUUAAUAAUAAUGUUUGAAGACACACUUUUUAUUAAAAAAAUCGCUAAAAUAACUGUAUUUGAAUUACAAUUCAGUGUAAAUAAUUUUUCCUUAAAAAAAAAAAAAAGUAUAUAUACAUAAAAGAUUCACAAAAACGAUUAAUGAAGUAAAUUUUUAAACUACUUUUGCCUUAAUUAAAACACAUUUUGAUGUUGACGUUUUUGAUUUCCAUCAACCACUUUACGAGAUAUUCUACUUUUAAGUUUCGAUAUGAGGAGAGCAGUGGAAUGAUGCCCAUUAUUCUUUCUCGACCCAAACUUAAAAGUAGAAUAUCUCGUCAAUAAAUUGACGAAAAUCAAGAAAUCCAACACCAACAUUUAUUUUAACUAAUACUCUAUCUAUUUAUAAACUAUUUUUUAUAAUAUCUAUUUUUAAUAUAGGUGGUAAUUUGAAAAUCAAAAGUAGGUAGUGGUUUUACUCAAAAAAAUAAGGGUGACAAAAAGUAACAUAGAUGCAAAAUUGUAGUACUGUUUGUUUCUUAGAUGUUCUAUAAAUCAAAUUCCAAAAAAAAAAAUAUAGAAACUAAUAAGUAAUAUAUUGAUCACUCUGUAUAAUAGAACCAUGAUAUAUGUGAUCGUAUGUUCAUUACAUUGGUGUAUUUUUAAACUUUCCCUCCCGUUUUUCGAAAUAUUUUUCAUAAAUUCUGUGUAAUAUGCUUUCAAGAUGCACUAUAAUAAAAAUUAUUAUAAUUUCAUAAAAAAAGUAAAAUAAUAGAAAUAAUAAUAAAAUAAAAAACAUGAAAUCAAAAGAUUGUACUUAUAACCACUAUACUUAUACUAUACUUGUACCAGUACACUUCUACUUAUAGCUUAUUGUCAUUCAUUUUUUUUUCAUUAUGUUAAACAUUUUAAUUUUAAUGUACUCGUAUAUAUUAUAUUACUUGAAAUUGGAAUAUGAAUACUAAAUCAAACACGCGUAAUAUUUCAAUAAAAAAAUAUUAUAAUUCCAUUAAUUUUGUAACGAUAAUAAAAGGUAUGACAAAAAAUAAUAAAUAAAAUAUAGUGAAUAUUGGAGAUUUUAAAUCUGUUUUACUAUGAUGUGCGCAAUUUUAACAUUUUUGUUUUGUCUGUAUAAAUACAUUUUUAACCAGAAACCUUCCUUCGAUAAAAAAAAAAAAAAAACAAGAGAACUUUUUUUAUAACUUUAGAUCUAGUUGGUGCAUAAGCAAGAAAUUGUUUUAUUUACCUUUUUGGGAAGAACUGAGAAAAACGUAAACUAAAUUGAAAAGUUUACAAAAAAAAAAGUUUUAUUAUUUUCGAUUUUUGUUUUUUGUUCAAAUUCGGUUAAAAAUAUUCGUACCUGAAAUUUUCAAAGAAUUUAUGUUAGACUUUUUUAGACAUGGUACGAUUUUUGAGUUAUUUAUAGGUAUUUGACAUUUUAGGUGUUUCAUAUCAUGUAUACUUAACUGUACUUCUCUCGGAAUAGAAUUUUGUUACCAAUGGCUUACAAAUAUACAUGAAAAUGUAUAUCAAUUAAAUUAACUUUAUGAAUUCUAUAUAUUUUGAUCAUUGUCAACAGUAGCAAUAACAGCUACUUUUUUUAUUGUUAUUAAACAAUACAAUACCGAUAUAAAAACCAACAAUAAUUUGUUGGUGUUUUCGUUUCCAUUGUAAUUAUUAAUAUAUAUAUAUUUUUUUACCAACGUUUUCAGGGCAUAUACUGGUCAAAGACUUCAACAAUUUCACGGACCGCGGUUUAUACGCCGGUACCGAGUCCAAUCCCUUGAAUAACAAUAUAUUCUUUACCCGGGGUGAACGGUGGAGAACGAUGCGCCAGAAGCUUAGUCCCACGUUCACAGCAAACAAAUUGAAACACAUGAACGAGCAGGUGAAAGAGUGUACAAGCGCGUUAUUGUCGAAGAUCGGGAUGAAUGUCACCGUCGAGGAUGCCUCUGACUCGAUUGAAAUCCGUGAGAUGAUGGCUACUUAUUCGACGGACGUGAUCGGCAGCUGCGCUUUCGGACUUAAGUUGGAUGCCAUCAACGACAAGGACUCGGAGUUUCGGAAGCAUGGAAAAACUGUGUUCCAGCCGUCACUGCGGUCUAAGAUCCGGGUGGCCAUUAUAUUUAUGCAGCCUUCUCUGUUGAGCAUAUUCUGCGUUCACCAUUAUUCACAAAAAACCAUUAAGUUUUUCCACGAUGCUUUCCGGCAGACCAUCGAGUAUAGGGAGAAGAACAAAGUGGAUCGCAAAGAUUUUGUACAACACCUGAUGAAGGCUCGAGAAGAUUUGGUGUUGAAUCCUAAUUUGAAACCCAAUGGUAUUUAUAAACGAUCACGAGUAUAUUACUCAUAUAACAAAUGUUUUCAUUCACUUACGUUUAUUAAGCCCUCUCCUAAAAACCUAGCGAAUAUGUACGUCUGGUCAAUGGUUAUGAAUCCUUUGCGACAACUCUUCAUCUCCAAAAAUCGUUAUAUUGUUGAUAUAUUUCCCAGUGUCCCUAAUACACAAAAUAUUGAAUUUUUGAUGUUUUAUUUUUCAACUGUUUAUUUGGUAACAACUUUUCAUCACAAAAAACACCUAGCCUGUUUCAAAAAAAAAUGUAGAUACUUUGGUAGUAGGUAGUGUAGAACCACUAUAUUAAAAUUAUAUAAUAUUAUGUAAUAUUCGUGUUCUAUAAACAUAAAAAUUAAUAACAAAUUUAAAACACUUUUUAGGUUUGCUCUUCUCUCUCAUAUAUUUAUUACAAUUUCCUGAUGCAAUAUGCAUAAUGGAACCUUAUUUUUUAAUAAAAAAAAAAUUCCAACACUAUUUAUAUUCAAUAUUUUUCACCCAGUAUAUACACUAUAAAUGAAACUGAUGUGUGAUAUAAUUUCUAUGUAGGCAUUCAAAAAUGAAGGAUUGUCUAUAGCGCACAUCUCAAAACAGAUUACAUUUCCAAAUUUAUAUUUCUACGUAUAUAAUAUUAAAAUACAAUUAGUAUAUAUAUUGACUGUAGCUUUGAACAAUUUAAUUCCAGAAAAAUUCACCGAAAUGGAUAUUGUGGCGAACGCGUAUAUUCUAUUCAUAGCCGGGUUCGAGACAGUAUCCACGUCGAUGAGCUUUUGUUUGUACGAAUUGGCACUAAAAAAAGAUAUCCAGGAUAAAGUGCGAAACGAAAUUUUAGAAGUCAAGGCUAAGUACAACGGUCAAAUGAACAGUGAAUCUAUAAACGAACUUCACUACAUGAGCAUGGUUAUUAAAGGUAAAUACAUAUUAUUGUGAUAUUUAUAUUUUGUAUACAAUAAUAAACAUUUAAUGUAGGUAAAUUUUCAUUGUAUGAUGCGAUAUUUAAACCUAGAAUAUAUCUUUGGUCUCAGAACAUAAGGGCCUAAUGAAUAAUUUUCAAUACGAGCAAAUUAAUUGAUGAAAAUAAUAGGUAUAGUAUAUGCAUUUUCAAAUUUGCAUACACGUUUGCGAUUUAGAGAAAAAAAUUAAGUAGAAAAAAUUAUAUUAGACGUAAUUAUAAAAACGAAAUUCCACUUGUUGAUUUAAGUCCAUCUACCCUAGGACCAAUAAUAUAUUAAAUAAGAAACUGACCAACUGACUUAUCAACGCCCAAAACAUUCAUCUGCGUUUAGAAACUUGACAUUUUGCACAGAGUUUCCUUAUAUUAGAAUGCAAUCUAGCAUUUAGAAAAUAUUUUUAAAAAUUCCAUCUUUAAUAGGUUAAUGCGCUAAUUUCGGAAAUUAAACCUAUAAAUGGUUGAAAAGGUGUAUCAAAGUUAGUGUGAAAAAUAAUUCUAUACAUACGAGGUGUGGCAACUAAAUAACGAGAAUUUGUUUCUAGCUCCUAUAGUGGUAAUACUGAUAUCUUGAAAAUUUGUUGACGUAAAGUUCAGGAGAUUAUACACAACUUUACCAAGUUUGAUAGUGAUCGGAGUUAUAUUUUGUGCUCUGUGAUUUUUCAAAGUUAGUAGUGUAGUGUCGUUGCGUACAAAAAUGUGUGACUUAAAAAACGAGAAACGAAUUGUCAUCAAAUUUCUGAAGAAAUCUGUCGAAAAACCGGCCGAAAUUUUUCGUAAAUUGCAACGUGUGUUCGGUAAUGACUGCUUGUCAAAACCACGUGUACGAAUGGGCCGCACGUUUUGCAUCAGGCCGAGAAUCAACGCAAGAUGAUGCAAGGUCAGGUGCCCAUAAAAUCGUGCACACUAGGCAAAAUGUCGAACGUUUGAGAGUUUUAGUGCGCACAGAUCGACGCCUCACAAUUCGAAUGAUGUCAAAUGAACUUGGUAUUAAUAAAGAAACCAUUCGUCAGAUGUUACACGAUGAUUUAUUGAUGCGCAAGCUCUGUGCAAAGCUUGUUCCGAAAGUUCUGACGGUGGAACAAAAAGAAUUGCGACGAUCGAUUUGCGAAGAUUUUCUUGAAUGAAUUCAGAGUGAAGGGCGUGACUGGAUGAAUUCGAUUAUCACGACAGAUGAAAGCUGAGUGUAUUAAUAUGAUCCUGAGACUUAUCGACAGAGCAAACAGUGGGUUGAAGACGGAGGAGUGUGUUUCACGAUGGCCCGAAUGGUAAGAAGCCAAAUCAAGACAAUGCUCAUCUGUUUCUUCGAUAAAACGGGUAUUGUGUACCGAGAAUUUCUUCCUCGAGGACAAACGGUGACUUCGGUAUUUUAUAUUGAAGUUCUAAGUCGAUUGUGUAAAAGAGUGUCUCAUGUGAGAUCGGAAUUAGCAAAAAAUGGUUGGAUCCGUCAUCAUGACAAUGCGCCUGCUCACACAUCAUUAAAAGUUACACAGUUUUUGACCAGUAGGAACAUAACAACGCUCCCCCCCCUACAGCCCUGAUCUGGCUCUACUGGACUUCUGGCUAUUUCCAAAGUUGAUGGAAUCAAUGAAAGGACAUCGCUAUAAGGAUUUGUAGGACAUUAAACGGGCUGUAACGUUGGUUUUGAAGAACCUAACUCCAGAAGACUUCCAGGAAUGCUUCCAGAAAUGGGAAGAACGCUGGACCAAGUGCGUUAGACUCAGAGGAGAGUACUGUGAAGGCAUGGGUGCUUAAAUCAUUGUAAAUAUUAAAUAAACGUUUUAAAAUUUAAAAUUCUCGUUAUUUAAUUGCCACACCUCGUAUAUGAUCAAUCAUAAUACCGAAGUUACAAUAUCUAAGUAAUCAACGGUCGAUUUUGAGUAUGUUUGUAAAUGGGUGUAAAAGCGAAUGCCGUAUCGUUAUGUAUUACGGUAUUAAUUAGUUAUUCCAUUAAUAAGUACGAACUACAUUUGAAUACAUUCGCGAUUACCCUCCAAAAAAUAUUAUGCAAAAUAAAUUUACUUUUAUUUUAGGUACCUUUAUAGUGUAUAUAGAUGGUUGUUUGUUCAUUAGUAAAUCUAUUAACAUUUUAGAGAAUAUUUUAUAGCUUAUAAAUAUUAUUAACCUUCAUGGCAUAUAUAUUAUUAUAAAUAUUAUGCUAAUAAAGAUUGUAUUUUCAAUGCAUUACAUACCUAAUAAAUUUCGAGAAAAUCAAUUAAUCUUUAUUAUCAUUUUAGGAAAAUUAAUAAAAAAAAAAAAAAAAAAAACCACUAGUAGGUUUAUCAAUUAUAAGUAACGCAUAGGGAUAUAAAAUUACGUAUAGGUAGGUGGUCAAAAGUUUAAUUGGUAAAUUAACCAUUAUAUUAUAAAACCCGUGUUUAUUAAUUAUAAUUAAACAAAAUAACAAUUACGAUAUUGAAAAUCACAAAUACUUUUUUUUCGGAAAUUAUUGACAUGAUAUUUUUAAACCAUAAUAAUAUUGUUGAACGUGCUGUGCUUAUUGGUUUUACUAUGAUGGAUGCAUAUUUUUUGCAACAACUUUUUAUCAGAAAUUUCACUAUGACCAUCAACACCAGGAAAAUUUAGAACACUUUAUCUAGUUGGUACAUUAUAAUGAGAUAAUUUUCUAUGUGUUAUUUUCAGUUUUCUUAGUAACUGGGAAAACCUGGGAAAACUUAGAAAAAACGGGAUAGGUUACGGAAAUAUCGGAAAUAAUUAUUUAUUUUGUUUUUUUUUUCUGCAAUUUUGUUAAAAAUAAUUUUUGAUACCUGACAUUUUUACAAAAUACUAGAUGAGUACUAGUUUAAGUAGGUAAGUUAAACAUUUUCGAAAUAUUCUGAUUUUUGAGUAAUUUAUAGUAAUUUGAAAUGUUCUCAUAUUUUAGUUUUUAAUUGUAUAAAAUUGCUCUGGCUCACAAAAUACUCAAAAAAUUAACACAAGGUUUAUCACAAGCUGUACUUAGAGAUAAAAAAAAGUUGUAAUAAUGUAAUAAUUUUUAUUUUAAGGUAUUUAAAGUGUUGAUGUAAAUCGGUAAAAUCACGGCAAGAUAUGUUUAAUCAAAUUUACUUAGAAUCGUUUUUUGUUAACUAUGAUUUAUAGUUGAUAUACUUAUUAAUAUAAUUAAUCAUCUAGAAAUGUUAUCUAGCCAAUGUCCCACUAAUGUACAUCCGUAUUAUAAAUUCUCUUUUUAGAAAAUUUCAGUAUACUCGUACACUGUACAAUAUUACAUUGUUAGGGAUUUCAAUAAUAGAGCGCGCUGUAUAUUUCCCAGUGAAUAAUGUUGUAGCGAUCAUUUAAACGAGAAAACUAAAUUUGAUAAAAAAAUAAAAUAGAAUAAAUAAUACCCAGCAAAGCUUUAAUCAAAUUUCCUCCUGCCUGUUUUCUAAUAUAGAAGUAUCCUUUGUAUUAAUAUAUAAAUAACUGAAUAAUAUAGCAAUACAAUAAUAAUUUGUUUUGCUACUAAUAUAACUAUACUACUUAAAAAUAAUAAAAGAAUAAAAAUUAAAUAUGGGCUGAAAAAUACUGUGGUUGAAUGUUGAAAUUCUUAAAGAAAUAUCCUUGAUACUAAUUACGUAUGCAUAAUAUACAAAAUUGAAUGCGCCUGGUUUCAUUGAAAGGGUUUUCAUGGACGUUCAAAGUUAAAAAAAACCACUCUUCUCCCUCAACAACACGAUGAAAUUCAUAUUUAACCCGUCUUUUAUUACUAUAAAAUGCGCCAAUAAAACAACUCUUUAAUUCCCGAGCAUUCUGUCCAGAGGGAGCCACUUGAAGUGUCUAAAAGAAGCGUGUAUAUUAAAAAACAUAUAUAGUAUGCAAACAGUAUAACACAAUAUACUUCAUUUUCAAGGAAAAUUCGACAGUAAAAACAAUUAAUUUAAUGGUCUUAAAUAAAAUAACCUUAGAUAAUGUACUAUGGACGAAACUAUGGAACAAAUAACCACGGUGUCCAAAAAACCCUCUCCCCCUUUUUGGGAGGACUUAUUACAAUCAUUACCGGUGACAUAUGCAUACUGUACAAGCGUAAACAAGUAGAUCAAUCAGAAAAAAAUAUUCCGAACAUUUUUAAUAGACUGGUUCAGUACUGUAACUACUUAUUAUUGCAGCAUAUUAUAUUCGAAAAUAACAUUACAGAUACUCAUAUGACAACAUGUUUAGAUACCCAGCGGAAUACCUAAGUACACUUUUAUAGUUUUGAAAGAGUUAUACACGUUACAUAUUAACUUAACCUAAUCUAUAUAAUGUAUUGGUUAUUUUCGCUUUUUUUUUUAAAUCGGUAUUAUAGCCUAUAAGGGAAUGAUUAUGCUUAAAAAAUUUCAAGAGCAGAUAGAUAUUACCUGACGUUUAUACCUCGUAUUAUAAUUUUAUUUUUAAUUUAUCGAUACGACAUUAGCGAACCGGACACAAAAUUACGGAUAAAAUACGAUAAACGCAGAAAUAUAAUAUUAUUAGAGCGAGCAUUUAAAUUGGAUUUACUUGGCAACCUUUUUUUCUUUUCUAUACGCGAAAUGUAUCAUCACGUUCAAAUUAAAAAAAACAAUAAUAAUUUCCUACAAUAAUACUCGUACACCGAGAUGCGCCUCGGGCGGAGCGAGACGCUAGAGUCCGCAACUUCGAAGUCCCUAUCCAAUUUCGGUGGUUUUUAAUAACCACCCACUUUCCAAAAGAGGUCACCGUCGUUCAAUUCCACACACAUUUUCCUUAUUUUAACAACUGCACGUUUUCCCCGAGAUUUCCACAAGCUCCAAAACGCAUAUUCGGUUAAACUAUAUUAUUGUUACUAAUAUCGUAUGUUGUAAUACCUGUGACUUCGUUCUCGUGUAUUUGAAAGGUAAACGAAAGAUAAAAGAGGUAAAAUGAAGAUAAAUGUAAGUAUAAUAAUAUUAAAUAGUAACACACAUUUUAAAGUUAAAACCCCAUAGGACUUAAAAAUAUUUACAAAUUGUUUAUGUUGUGUAUUUUAUCGGUUCAAACACUAUUUAACUACAUGCGUCGUAUACAGAACCAUUUCGUGUAGGUUGGGCCAUAUUUAUAAUACUAUAGUAUAGAUUUACUAAUCAUUUUCAAUGGUUCAAAUUUUCUAGAAUCAGCUGUUUGGGCUUUGCAUUGAUACAUUAGUCAGUCUGUUUUUUCUUUUAUUUAUAAACAUACAUAAAUACACUGACAUCGCAAACUUAUACGACUAAACUUUACAUUUCGUUUGAAAAUGUACGCUUUCUAUAAUGAAUUUAAAAUUUUCCCAAACACACAAUAUUAAGAAAAUAUGUUAAUAAAUCGAUCAAUAAUUAUAAUAUUCGACAUCGAAGUUUAAACAAAGUUUUUGAAUCAUUACAUUAAUUUCUAUUUUGGAUUUAAACUAUCAAUUGUUGAAAUUUUGGACGUAGUAAACAUUUGUAAAUAAUAAAUGCUUAGUAUACAGCAAGGAGAAAAAAUAUUAGUUACUCUUUCUUACAUGGUUUUGAACAAAGCCCUUUUAUUUAAUUUCAGUUCCUUAGAUUAAUAUAAAAUACUAUUAAAUAUAUUAUACUAGUAUAGUAUAAAAUACUAUUUACUUUUAUUUUGUCAUAAAAGAAUCUAGGGCUGGGAAUGUAAUGCAGCAUAAAAUCCUGAAAAUUCCCUAAAGGUCAAAAUAUUUACCUAUAAAACGUAUUAAAAAUAAAAAUAAAUGAUUUUAAAAUUAAAAACUGUCAAAAAAAAAAAAAAAAAAAAAUGAAAAACCAAUUUUCUUUUUCUCAUUAAAAAACGUAUAAAACGAAUUUAUGACAAAACAAGAACGCUUUGGAAACAAUACAAUGAGUGCAUUCCAAUCCUAACCCUAGUAAUAACAAAUUGAUUGAGGUAACAUAUAAUAAUUAUGAAUAUAUAAUAAUAUUAUUCUGAUCUGUAUUUUUUUAGAAACAUUGAGAAAAUAUCCUCCUUUAGUGACGUUGAAUCGAGUCGUAACGAAGCCUUACGUAAUACCAGAGACGAACAUCAAGCUGAAGACUGGGACAAAAGUAGUUAUUCCAGUACAUGCCAUACACUACGAUUCAAAAUAUUACUCUGAUCCUUAUGAUUUCAAUCCGGAGCGUUUUUCGGAAGAAAACGUUCAUAAUUUAUAUCCUAACACUUACAUGCCUUUUGGAGACGGUCCGCGGUUUUGCAUUGGUAUGACUUAAUUUUUUUACAUACGUAAUGUUUAAGUAUUAUUUGUUCGAAGAAAUAAAUAAAUGUGUAAUUUUAUAUUAUAUUUUUAGGCAAAAGAUUUGCCGAAUUCGAAAUGAAAAUGGCCCUGUCCGAAGUGUUGAGUAAUUACGAAGUAGCGCCAUGUGAGAAAACUCAAAUUCCCAUAAAAUAUGUCAUUGGAAGUUUUGUUAAUAUACCUGAAAGCGUUUGGUUAAAAUUUAAGAAAAUAGAUACUUAAUUCUCGAUUGCCAAUAAUACCAUACCUAUAAUUUAUAAAUAUUAUUUUCUCUAAUAUAUUAAAAUAAAACGCGAGAAAAUUACAAAUAAAAUAAUAAUGUUAUAUAUAUAUUUGUAUUAUAAACGACGAAUGAAUACAUUUAAUUUAAAAUAAUAAUACCGACAUUAGUUAAUAACUAAUAAUUUGAAAUUAAUUUUAGUUAUUGUAGAUUGAUUGUACAGAUAGUUCUGGGUCUCAUUUGAAUUUGAAAUUGUUAAGCAGUCGUUAUGGUUGAAAUAUGUUUAAUAAUAUUAGUUAUUUAAAUAAGUUCUAAAAUGUCAUUUCGUAUUGAAUAUUGCCAAAACGUGUUUAUACUGUAUUGAAUACCGAUGAAUAACCAGUGUCCGAAGCCAGUAAACGUAGUUUGUAAUUGUUUGCUGAUUCCGGCAACCUGGAUGUUGAAAAGUGCAUUCAGCCAUCAUACAAAUUUCGUGAAUAAAAUAAUUCGCCGUCGCCAAAAUAAUUUAUUCGUUAAACUAGUAUAAAGGUUGCUCAAAAAUUCAUCACCAAAACUCGCAUAUUAUAAGUUUAUAUACAGAGAUAAUUCGAUACGAAUAUUAUUAUCUGAUAACACCGUCACAUAAUAUUGGUCGUGUGAGGAAGAUACCCCGGGACUAACAAUAAUUUAUGUUGUAAUAAUGAUAAUAACAUUGUUAUAGCAGUAAAUUUUACUAUAUCGUGAUAAUGAAAUAAUAAUAUUAUUGUUUACAACAAUUUACGAAAAUGACUUACGAUUAUUGUGUCUAUCGCAGCUCUUUGUUACUGUUUACUUAUCGAUAUCCGGGCAUAAUAAUAUAAUAAUAACUGUGUUCGUUUAUAAUAUUAGAACCAUGAGUUAAGAUAGUGUGGAUUUCCAACGAGCUUUGAUAAUUAUGAACAUUAAAGAUAUCUCUAAUAUCUAUGGUGAUAAUAUGUUGUUGAUGUGACCGUAACAGUGACACCUUAAAAUCAGCUUAUACGGGUGUAAAAACUAGUAAAACUACACUAAUGUUCCAAGGUUUCUUUUCUACCUUCUUACUUUCUUCAAUAUAUGCUGUAAAUUCAGGGGCGGAUCGGGAAGAGAUUUUGGCCCGGGAAAAUACAAAAGUACUAGUCCACUUAUUAGUUUAUCAAAUAUUGAAUUUUAGUCAUUAUGUAUUAUCAUUAUUUUAACAUAACUAAACAUUUGUUUUACACAUUUGAAAAGAUAUUAUGCAAUGUUAAGUGUUAAGUUCUGUCAUUUGUUAAUCAU